AUGUGUAUGCGAAAGAUAAGAAAAGAUAUUCGGAAAUUCUUUGGGGUUAUACCAAGUGGAAAGAAACUUGUAAAUGAAACAGUAAAGAAGAAUGAGAAAACAAAAUCUACUGAAGAAACUUUAAAGGCAAAGAAAGGAAUAAAGGAAAUCAAGGUAAAUAGUUCUUGCAAAGAUGAUGAUUUCAGACAGAAACAGCCAAACAAGAGAAAGAGGAUCAUCUAUGAUUCAGAUUCAGAAUCAGAAGAGACAGUACACGUUAAAAAUGCCAAAAAACAACCAGAAAAAAUGUCACUGUCUACUAAACAUGGUAAAAUUCUGCGACAGGAUUCUGUUACAUACAUUUCAGAAACAGAUGAAGAAGACGACUUUAAGUAUGUGAAGGCACUCUUUAAAUCACGAGAGAUUGCAAGUAGUUAUCUUGGAACAUCAAACAUGAAAAAGAAUGAAGAAAACAUUAAGACCAGGAAUAAGCCUUUAUCAUCAGUAAAACUUACACCUACAUCGGCGCUGGAUUAUUUUGGAACUGGAAGUAUCCAGAGAUCAGAUAAGAAGAUGGUAGCCAGCAGACGAAAAGAGCCUUCAAAAAAUACAGAUGAUUCCAGAUUAAAUGAUGAAGCCAUCGCCAAGCAACUACAACUUGAUGAAGAUGCAGAGUUGGAGAGGCAACUGCACGAGGACGAAGAGUUUGCCAGAACGUUAGCCAUGCUGGAUGAAGAGACCAAGACCAAAAAGACUCAGAAGGAUCCAGAAGGAAAAGAAACGUCUUCGUCUAUCCAAGCCAAUUUAAGUAAGAUAGAAAAUCAUAUCUAUCUUUAUAAAGAACAAUUUGCAGAUGUGAAAAAGUACUGCAGCCCCAAGCCCAAGAAACAAACUAAAUAUAAAAGUUCAAAAGAAUCUCGCCGUCAGUCUAAGCCAUCACCACACAAAGCGGAGCCCUCUCCUAUAAAGGCCGUUUCUAAGCUGGCAAUUUUCAAAAAGCAAAACGAAAGUUCUUUUAAAGAAGGAGAGCACAUGCACUCAAAAACACCAGAAAAUGUUACUGAAUUGAAAGGAGAGACAAAAACUCCCAAAACGAAAACUUCUCCAACUAAAAAAGAGUCUCCGAGUCCUGAAGAUUUGGAGAAGAAACGCACUAAUUAUCAGGCUUAUCGAAGCUACUUAAAUCGAGAAGGUCCCAAAGCCCUGGGCUCCAAGGAAAUACCAAAGGGAGCUGAAAAUUGCUUGGAAGGCCUUGUAUUUGUAAUCACUGGAGUGCUGGAGUCCAUUGAACGAGAUGAGGCCAAGUCUCUAAUUGAACGUUAUGGGGGGAAAGUAACUGGAAAUGUCAGCAAGAAAACAAACUACCUUGUCAUGGGCCGGGAUAGCGGACAGUCCAAGAGCGAUAAGGCGGCAGCCUUGGGAACAAAAAUUAUUGAUGAAGAUGGCUUACUGAAUUUGAUUCGUACUAUGCCAGGCAAGAAGUCCAAGUAUGAACUAGCAGUCGAAGCUGAGAUGAAGAAAGAAAAGUCCAAAUUGGAGAGAACACCCCAAAAAAGUGACCAAGGAAAAAGAAAAAUUAGCCCAAAUAAGAAAGAAUCAGCAUCUAAAAAGAGCAAGCUGACUCCCCAAAGAGACAGAUCUUUGAAGUCAACGAGAAAAGAAACAGGUGUGCUUCCCAAGAACCUGGACUUUGAGGAGCAGGUGCCUGAGGAGACAGUUGACGACAGCAGGGGACACAAAGUGGAGAAUCUGCUCUGGGUGGAUAAGUAUAAACCAACCUCUCUCAAGACCAUAAUUGGACAGCAGGGUGACCAGAGCUGUGCCAACAAACUCCUACGCUGGCUACAAAACUGGCACAAGAGUCCACCUGGAGACAAAAAGCAUGCAGCAAAGUUCGGUAAAUUUGCUGGCAAAGAUGACGGCUCUAGUUUUAAGGCAGCAUUGCUCUCAGGCCCCCCAGGUGUUGGCAAAACUACCACAGCUUCCCUGGUUUGUCAGGAAUUGGGUUAUAGCUAUGUGGAACUGAAUGCCAGCGACACUCGGAGUAAGAGCAGUUUGAAGGAGAUUGUUUCAGAAUCACUGAAUAAUACUAGCAUCAAAGGCUUUUAUUCAAGUGUGGCCUCCCAUUCCAUAAGCACCAAACACGCUCUCAUCAUGGAUGAAGUAGAUGGCAUGGCCGGCAAUGAGGACAGGGGAGGAAUUCAGGAGUUAAUUGGCCUGAUAAAACACACAAAAAUCCCCAUUAUUUGUAUGUGCAAUGAUAGAAAUCAUCCUAAGAUUCGUUCGUUGGUUCAUUAUUGUUUUGAUCUUCGUUUUCAAAGACCUCGGGUUGAACAGAUUAAGGGUGCUAUGAUGUCUAUUGCAUUUAAAGAGGGUUUAAAGAUUCCUCCUCCAGCUAUGAAUGAAAUCAUCUUGGGAGCUAAUCAAGAUAUCAGACAGGUUUUACAUAAUCUGAGUAUGUGGAGUGCACAAAAUAAGGCCCUAACCUAUGACCAGGCCAAGGCCGAUUCUAGAAGAGCCAAAAAGGAUAUCAAACUGGGCCCAUUUGAGGUUGCCCGGAAAGUCUUUGCAGCUGGAGAGGAGACUGCUCAUAUGUCACUCAUGGACAAGUCGGAUCUCUUUUUUCAUGAUUAUUCAAUCGCACCGCUUUUCGUCCAGGAGAACUAUGUACACGUGAAGCCUUUAGCUGCAGGGGGCGACAUGAAGAAGCACUUGAUGCUGUUGAGCAGAGCAGCGGACAGCAUAUGUGAUGGUGACCUCGUGGACAGUCAGAUCCGGAGUAAACAAAACUGGAGCCUUCUGCCCACACAGGCCAUUUAUGCCAGUGUUCUUCCUGGAGAGUUAAUGAGGGGAUACAUGACUCAGUUUCCCACCUUUCCAAGCUGGCUGGGAAAGCACUCGUCCAUGGGCAGAUAUGAUCGUGUUGUCCAGGACCUAGCAUUGCAUAUGAAUCUCAGAACGCACUCUAGCAAAAGGACCGUAAACCUGGAUUACCUGCCCCACCUCAGAGAUGCACUUGUACAGCCCUUGGCCUCACAAGGGGGAGAAGGGGUGCAGGCUGCUGUUGCACUCAUGGACACGUACUACUUGAUGAAGGAAGACUUUGAGAAUAUCAUGGAGCUGAGCAGCUGGGGAGGCAAACCUAGUCCUUUCUCCAGCCUAGAUCCCAAGGUCAAGGCAGCCUUCACGAGAAUGUACAAUAAGGAGGCCCACCUGACUCCGUAUUCACUCCAGGCAGUGAAGGUGGCGAGACGCAGCACAGGCCCAGCGCUGGAGUCUGAGUACACCGACGACUUACAUGAAGAUGAGUCUCAGUCUGAUGAGCAAGACCGAGAUGCUGUGGAAGCGGACGCUAUGAUCAAGAAAAAGACAAAAUCUUCAAAGCCAGAAAAAGAUAAGAACUCAAAAAAAGGAAAAAGUUCUAAGAAAUGA